AUGCCACCCACAGAACACACACAGCAGCUGGACCUCAAGUCUUUGGAGGAUGCCAUUGCCCGUUUGAGACUGGACAUAAACCAAUACAUGGACCUCUCCCCGGAAGUACCUUUCAUGCAGCCUAUGCCGCCAAAGGAAGGUUCGGGGAAGCCUACACUCAGUCCCUUGGAAGAUGCCUUGUUGCAUCUGACGUUGAACUGGCCAAACGCAUAUGGGAAGCUCUAUCUAGAAAUAGCUCUUCUGCAAGCCCUCAAAGAAUCGCGCCUCGACAUCGUUGAGGAACUCAUGGAAAAGGCUAUUCGCGCGAAACUCUGGGACGGUGACGAACAGACAUCACUAUUACAGGCAACCGAGCUAGGGUUUGAGGAGAUAGUAGCAAGCCGUUUACAAAAGGACGUUUCAAUGAACAAACAGGAUGUGAAGGGAGAAACACUGCUUUUCCGGGCUUCUCUCGCGGGAAACGUCAAGAUCAUGUCGCUUUUACUUGCUAGUGGAGCAGAUAUUGAGUUGGCCGAUGAGGAGGGAUGGACUCCUCUGAUGGUCGCGGCCGAACGGGGCCAUGACGAAGCUGUGGCUCUGCUGCUGAAGCACGGAGCUGACCCAAAUGCGAGGGAUCACAAUGAGUUUACGGCGCUUCUACAUGCGGCUAUGAUUGGAUAUCUCGGCAUCGUACAACGCCUUCUCGAUGCCGGGGCAGAUCCGAAUGCACAAGACGAGGCGGAGAGCUUGACUGCGAUAAGUUGGGCAGCGGAGAGUGGCCGUACAGAUGUUGUGAAGCUGCUGCUUAAGCGAGGAGCGGAUCCAAACUUGGAUGAUCGCGUUCUUCUCUGUGCGAUGAGUGGGUGUGAACCAGACGAUAUAGAGGAUAGCGAUGUACUGAUAGAAUUGCUCAUCAAGCACGGCGCGGAUGUGUUCAUGGAUGGCUGGUCAGAUGAGCGACCCCUUGUCAUCGCUGCCAGACAAGGUCGUUGCAAUACUGUCAACAUGUUUUUGGAGGCAAGUUACUCGUCCAGGAGUGUCCGGCAAGAGCAUAUAUGGAAUGCCAUUACAGUCGCUGCUGAGGAAGAGGAGGGUGUCAUUCUGGCGAGCUUGAUGAAGCAUUAUGAUAUGAAUGAGACAGAGAAGCAGAGAAAGUGGGAAUGGGUACAAAAGUCUCAGUUUGGUGACUCGUUGGAGCUGUUGAGACCUUACUUUGAACCUGACGCAACGAGCGAACAUGGCGGCAACUAG